AUGGGAAAAACCAAUCCAUUUGAUAGCUCUUACUUACAAGUCAUAAUUUUUGAAAACAAACUUGAAAAGUCCUAUUCCAUAUUGCGCUAAACUAUUAAUUUAAAAUUAUAAAUACUAAGCAUGAUGAAACAAAAAAACAUAGUUGCUAAGCAGUUAAUUACGAAAAUUGAAAGUCUGCAAAAUUAAAUAAAUUUAUUGAAAGUAAAUUUAAAUUAUUUAAUUUAAUUAAAUGAUGACAGCUUGGAACUUUUGAAUCUGCAAGCACUAUUUUUGGAAAACUUGAGCUUUUCUGAAAAAGAUAUAAAUUUACUUCAAAUCAACAAAUACAGAAAAAAAGGCUUAAACUAAAAAUAUUUAAACAGGUAAAAUGAAGAUGACAUUUUAAGUAGUAUGAUUAACAGCGAUAAAUUUGAUGAAAAAACUUGUAUAAUUUUUGCAAGUUACAAAGAUACUGAAACCUUAACAAUAAAUCAAGUUUCUUCUAAUUUUUCUAAUUUAUUUUGCUUUACAAGUAGAGACCAUAUCUAUGAUCGAAAUAUUGAAUCUAUUAUACCUCUCGUGUUUCAAAGUGUACAUAAAAUGUAUAUAAAGUAAUAUUUAGAAGAUUCAAUAUCAUGUGAUAAUUAUUCAAAUAAUACAGAUCAGCAAUUAUUAGAAUAAAACGAUCAAGAUAAUGAAAAUGGUUAGAAUGAGGUAACUCAAGACAAUUAAGCCUUAAAUUUUUAAUUUAAUCGACCAAAAUAUUUAUCAGAGAAAUCAACUGGAACAAAAAACUUAAACUAAUAAUUUGAAAAUUGUAAAAUGGGUUAGUAGAUAAUAUUUGCAUCUUUAAACUAAAUGUUUAUCUUACCAAUUAAAAUUGACAUUAGAACAAAUGAAUACCAAGAGAGCGGAACUUUUGGAUUAGUAGCUAAAUUAAAAAAAAUAAAUGAAGAAUACUAAUAUAUUUUAUUCAAUGAGACAGAUCUAAGUGUUAUAGGCCUCACUGAAUAAGUGCAUGAAAUAUUCUUUCCUAACUGUAACAACCUCUAAAAAAUUAAUUUGAGAUAAAUUUUCCCCUUUUUGAAUGGAACUUAAAAUAAAACAAAAGUUGAAGAUUCUUAUGUUUAAAAUAACGAAACGAUUACCAACAUUUCAAAUAUAAAAAGUUAGUUUCAUGCAAAUUUAACUGAUGAUAUGCAGUAUAUCCUUAGAGGAUAAUCAAAAAAUAAAUUAAAAAUUAAAAACAAAUUCUCAUUUAUAGUUAUAUAGCAUUCAGAUGAAAUAAAUAACACAUUAAACUCUUCGUUUAACAAUAUGAAAAGAUUAAAUAAAGCUAAAUCAUAUAAAGAAAUUUCAUCAUAUAGUUUUAAUUAUGUAGAAUUAUUUGUUAGAAAAUUAAAAUACAAAGGAGUAAAUAAUGUGAGCUAUGUUGAAAUAGUAAAAAUAAGAUAACUUAAUCCUGCCAAAUAAACUCAAAUAAUUCUUAAAGAAAUCACAAAAAUGAAAAAAUAAAAUAUUUAUUCUUAACUAUUUGAGAAUCCAAAUGAGCUAUAAAAUAUAAUUUCAGAUUUAGAAUAAAAUUAAAAUACUAAUAGCUACUUAUAAUUUAAUAGUUUUCAUACUUAACUUCAAUACAGUUGCAGAAAUUUUAAUUAUGGUAAUUAAUUACAACUUAUAAAAGAAAAUAAUACUCCUACAGAUUUUGCAUAAGUCGAUUUUUAUAAAUAAUAAUAACAAAUAAAUAAGCAGUAAACUUAAAGUGAUGAAAGUACUGACCUUGAAUAAAUUAAAAUGGUGUCAAAUAGAAUUGAAUACGAAGAUUUGAGUAGCUAAUCCAAUGGAAGUAGUGGUUUGACUUUAAACCAAUUUAAUGUAUAAAAAGGAUUAUAAAAUUUAAAUGAAAAACAGCUCCUUAAUUAAUUAUAGUAGCUGUAAAAUAAUAAUAUAUAAGAACAAACGCUUAUUUAGUCAAUUUAAGGAAACUAAGUCAGUAACAGUGAUUUGUAAAUUAAAGCAGAUUUUUCUAAUAAAAGCUUGAAUCUUUAGAAUCUUUAAGAAGAUUAAUUAAAUAAAAAUAGCGAUCAUGCCUUGCCAAGCCCUAUAAAAUUAAAUAAAACAAUAAACAUUGAACUAAUUUCACCAAAUAACAGUUAUUAUAUGAAUAUUAAUUCUAAUCAAUAAUCUCUAGCUCAGCUUUCAGAUUACAAUUUUAACUUUCAACAAAUAAAAUAACAUGAAUUUAUUUAAAAUAAAACUUAAGAUAAUAUCUAUUUAGAUGUAGAAACUAGUAACCGUGAAAUUAAUAAAAAAUAAAAUAAUAUAAUCACUCCUUUAAAAAUUAGUAAAAUUCCUAGUAAAAUGUUUAAGUCGAAAAGUUUUAGAAAAAAUAAAGUCAACAAUACAUUAAUUAAUGUUUUGAGUAACAAAGAGAAGAAAUAAUUAAUGAAAAGCCCUUAUCAACAUAAUCAUACUAAUUAGCUAUAAAAAGAUAAAAAUAUUAUAAAGCAGCAUGUUCAAGAUAUUAUUUAUGAUAUUGCUUCUAGCAACUCUCAAAAUUCAUAUUAUACUCCAGUGAAGAGAUAAUUAUAACAUAUUAUGGAAGAUUAGUCAACUCAAAAAGUAAUAAAACUAAUAAAAAUUAUAGGCAUUAUUUGUUUUAGUAUUAUGAUAUGCGUUACCUUUAUACAAUUUAACUCGAUGCAACAGUAUUUAUCAUAAGCUAAUUAAGAUUACGAAGAUUUUAGCUGGCCCACAACUUAUUCUUCUUCUUUAAGCGACAUCCUUAAAUAUAAAAAUAUUUAGUUUCUUUUAAAUUAUACACAGAUAAAAUUCCCUAACAGUGACUAAAAGUAACUAUUUUAUAAUCAAAUGCAAUAAAAUAUGGAGGAUACUUUUUCAGACAUAUUAAAUUUGUUAGCUUAAAUGGAAUUAGCUAACUCAAAAAGAUAAGUAUUUAAUAGAAUAAUAGAAAAUAAAAUGGUUUUUUAUUUUGGGUAAUUGUAUAACCCAUAAUAACUUAACUAAACUACAUCUGAUACAGAUUUAAUAACUUUAAAUUAUACUACUAACUUACAAUAUAAUGUACUUUUAAAUGUUUAAAACAUUUUCAGAUAUAUUCAUAACUUGGGUAAUGGAAGACCUGAAUAUUAUUUAAUACAAAAUCAAUUAUAAGCAAUUUCUUAAUUGAAACAAUUAUAACAAGAUAUAAAAGAAAAUUAAUCGUUGUGUUGCGAUCAUUAUACCUUUAUAUUAUUAUAUUCAAAAAAAGAGAGACUCUAUAAUUUACCUAUUUACUACAUUUCCAAUUUACAAGUUAGAUAAUUUGAUCAAAAAAAUUUAAAAUUCCUACUUAAGCGCAAAUAAUAACUCAAUUUAUUAGAAUUAAGAGAGCCAAAUAAUUAUAGAUACAAUUGUUUAAUUAUAAAGUAUCGAGAAUGA